AACACUUGUAAACAAGAGCAAGCAACUAUAAGCUCCAUAAUAUCUUUCUUACAGCUUCAAUUUUCUUUUUCUUUUUUUGAAUCUUCAAGCCAGGAUUCACAAAUGCUUGUACCAGAUACUCCAAGGAGUACUACUAGUAGUAACAAUACACUUUCUGCAAUAAAAAUGAUGGCAGUUUCAUUAUAUAACUCAUUUCCAAGUUCUUCCAUUCCUUCCUCUCCUGUAAUCCACAAGUUCACUCAAUCAAUGAUGGAAGAGAACAUUGAUAAUGCAGAGUUAAUCAUCAAGAAAUGGGCUCCAAGCACCUCAUCAGUAACCUUUGCAACUUCCCUUUUCCACCAGAGAAAAGAAGCAAAAGAGUUCUUGAAAUGCGUCAAGGACUUGCGUCGAGCUAUGCACUUCUUAGUCUCUGAACAUAGAGCUUCUGCUAAGCUUGUACUUGCUCAAAAACUCAUGCAAAUUGCCAUGAACAGACUUGAAAAAGAACUUUAUCUGAUACUGUCUGCGCAUCACGACCAACUUGAUCCUGAGUCUGUUUCAGGUCCUUCUUCAGAUGGUUCUAGCAAUUUCGAAGACGAAGAUGAAGAGGGAUCUGAAGAAGAGAUCAAACUAGUUGGUGAAUCAAUUGCUAAUGUUGAGAGAGAGGCAACGUAUGCUAUGUCUGAUCUCAAGUCUAUAGCUGACUGUAUGAUUAGUGCUGGCUAUGGUAAAGAAUGUAUCAAAAUAUACAAACUCAUCAGGAAAUCAAUAGUAGAUGAAGGGUUAUAUCUGCUUGGAGUUGAAAGACUCAGGUCUUCUCAUAUUCAAAAGAUGAACUGGGAAGCUCUUGAGCAUUUGAUCAAGAACUGGUUGAAUGCAGUAAAGAUUGCUGUAAAAACACUAUUUAAUGGAGAAAAAGCUCUUUGUGAUCACGUUUUCUCUGCAUCUGAAACUCUUAGAGAAUCAUGCUUUUCUGAGAUCACUAAAGAAGGUGCAAUCAAUCUAUUCAGGUUUCCUGAAUUGAUUGUUAAAAGCAAGAAAUCACCAGAAAGAAUUUUCCCAUUAAUGGAACUGCAUGAAGCACUCUCCAAUCUUUGGCCGGAGAUUGAAUUGAUAUUCAACUCUGAAUCAACUUCAGCAAUUAAAUUGCAAGCGCUGUCAUCACUGCAGAAACUUGGUGCGUCGGUCCACGCUAUUCUAUCAGACUUUGAAUCAACAAUUCAGAAAGACUCAUCAAAAACUCCUGUUCUUGGUGGUGGGAUUCACCCGUUGACUCGAACAGCGAUGAGUUAUAUAUCUUCACUUGCGGAUUACAGUGGAAUUCUCUCUGACAUUGUUUCUGAUUCUCCAUCAUUAAGGAAUACACCAUUGCCUGAAUCUUACUUCGAAAGUCCAACUUCUGAUGACAAUUCAACCCCAGAAGUCUCAGUCCGCUUGGCAUGGCUAAUACUGACUCUUUUAUGCAAGCUUGAUAGCAAAGCAGAAGUAUACAAAGAUGUAUCUUUGUCAUAUCUUUUCCUGGCAAACAAUCUUCAAUUCAUCAUCGAGAAAGUCUGCACGACUCGCCUUAAACUGGUGCUAGGUGAGGAUUGGAUUUCUAAGCAUACGAAGAAGCUCAAGCAAUACGCUGUAAACUACGAAAUCAUGGCAUGGAACAAAGUCUUCUCAUCUUUACCAGAGAAACCUUAUCAAGAACUGCCACCUGAAGCAAUAAAGGAGCGCUUUCAGAGAUUUAAUGCAGCUUUCUUGGAAGCAUACAAGAAACAGACAUCAUGGAUUGUUCCAGAUGGGAAGCUAAGAGAUGAACUGAAAGUGUCAAUAGCAACGAAACUUGUAGCAGCUUAUAGAGAAUUUUGCGACACAUAUCUGGUGAUGCUGAGUGGAGAGAAGAACUUGGAGACGUUGGUAAGAUUUGGCCCUGAUGAUCUUGGGAACUACCUGUCAGAUUUGUUCCACGGGGCUGCAAUUUCAGGUAGUUCCUCAUCAUCUUCAUCAUUAUCUUCGUCACGAGGAUGCAUACCCCGGUGAAAAUUGAAAUGAAAAAAUAAAAGCAUAUACAAUACAAAGCUGUAAAUCAAAUCAUAUCAAUGGCAAGUUCCCAUAACAUAAUUAUGGUAAUUCUAAUUUACUUCCUGAUAA